CUUUUCAGAGGAGUGUGACGUGAGGAAGGGCAAGAAGUAGAUUUGAGACAAAGAUAUGAACCAGGAAUGUUCUGUAAUGGGGUUGGAUAUCUCAGAGGCACCUCGAAGAAGGAGAUGCUGCAGAAUAUGUAGUUAGUUGUAGAAAUUCUCUCAGAGUACCGGGUGAGAAUCCUUGAACACGGACAGAAAGGGAUUUGAAGGGAUCAUUGUAAGAGUCGUGGAUCCGUUCCGUCGCAGAAACCUCGUUGGGGUGAAGUUGUAUUGGAUUAUUUAUGUAUCGGAAGAAGUGCGUACCAUGCACCUGUCACUUGCUCAUAGUUCUGAGCCGUAGUCUCCUGGCUAGCUACUUGAGUUGAUCUAAGACUGGACUGAGGUUGUCUAACUCGGUCUCCUUUCGUAAAGAGCUUGCGGUUCUAUGAGUAGGCCAUUGCACGAUGUUGUUCUUGUCUCACAAAAUUCGUAAUGUCUUCGCCUUUUGACCGAACCUUGUGGUACAGCUUUAAUAACUAAGCUAGAAAAGCAUGAGCAUCGGAGUUCCAGUCAAGCUUCUGCAUGAGGCUGAAAGCCACAUCAUAACUGUAGAGUUGAAGUCCGGGGAGUUGUAUCGUGGAACUUUGCAAGAGGCGGAGGACAACAUGAACUGCAACAUGACCAAUGUGACAAUGACCGGGAGAGAUGGAAGUAUCUCAACUCUUGAGCAAGUUUUCAUCAGAGGCGGUUUGAUUCGAUUUGUAAUUUUGCCGGAUAUUCUUAAGAAUGCGCCAAUGUUCAAACGCAUAGAUCCAAAGCAAGGCAUUCUACGAGGCAAAGGCGUUGGUAUCGGACGAUCGACGGCAGCGAGAGCUCGUCGUGGCGGUGGCCCCCCUGGCGGUCCUCCUCGUGGUGGAGGAGGAGCAGUCAAUGUCCGCCAUUGAGCAUGCUUGCUGCUCUUACAUCAGAGCUUCCGUCCCAUCUCGCCAGAGGGAAGUCGAAGAAUUCGCUCUAUGCUGAAGUCAAUGUAUCAAACAGGAGUUUCGAUCUCAAUCAAUUGCAGGAUAGUUUCCUUGAUUAGUGAUAGACGUGGCGAGGAUCAGGAAUGGGAUUCGAGAACGAGAUCAAGAGUUGUUGCUUUGAAGAAUCAAUGUUUAAUAGAUUUACAAACGUU